GAGGGGCAUGCUGGGAUCUCCUUCCCGGCGACGGAGGAAGGGCUGUUGUGCAUGCGCAUGCCUGUGUUUUGACUGUCAUCCCUCACAUGCGAUCAGGCCUAGAUCCACUCGUGAUGUCGUGUCAGAGCUCAGAAGUUUUGGAUUUUGGAGCACUUGGAGUUUGGAUUUUUGGAUCAGAGAUGCUUAACCUGUAGUGAGGUUUUGGUUGAGACUUAUAAGUAACUGUGUGCAUUUAAGGAAUGAUAAGUAUUCUUUGCCAAAGCUAAACACAGCUCCAAACACUCCAAGAGUCCCAAGUCAUUUUAUGAAACGUGCUUUUCUUCAGCUCUUACUGUCAGACUUAGGACUUUGUUUCAUGUCUAGGUGCAUGUCCCCACCAUGCUCUCCUGUGACAUAUGUGGAGAAACAGUGACCUCAGAACCAGAUAUGAAGGCCCACCUCAUGGUUCACAUGGAAAACGAAGUUAUAUGUCCGUUUUGCAAGUUGUCAGGUGUGAACUACGAUGAAAUGUGUUUUCAUAUUGAAACUGCUCAUUUUGAGCAGAAUACACCGGACAGAAACUUUGAGAAGCUACAUGCAAGACAGUAUGAAAAUCCAGACAGUAAGAGUACCACCCUGCAGAGUGCAAUGGAAGUGAGUUCAAGUAUUCAUUCAGCCUGUGCGUCCAAUUUUCCAAAAUACUCACCUCAAAGCCUUCCUAGAGAUGGGAUUUUAAAACAUGAAGCUUUUCAUACAGAGAGCAUAACUGAAUCUAGAAAGUCCCCGAAAAGCCCAGAGAAGCAGUCUGGAUUGUCUGUGGUACAAGGACCAAUUUACGGGACAACGUACAGUCUCCCUGAAUGUCCAUUUUGUGGAAAAAUAGAGGAGCGUAGUCAAGAUAUGGAGAUGCACGUGAAGACAAAGCACGCCAGUCUCUUAGAACCUCCAUUAGAAGGCUGUCAUCAACCGUUCUAUGACUGUCCCAUGUGUGGACUCGUCUGUACAAAUUACCAUAUUCUCCAGGAACAUGUGGACUUGCAUUUAGAAGAAAGCAGCUUUCAACAAGGCAUGGACACAGUCCAGUGUUCUAGUGACCGAGAAUUAGCUCACCAGCUUCAGCAAGAGGAAGACCGGAAGAGGAAAUCUGAAGAAUCAAGACAAGAAAGGGAAGAGUUCCAGAAGCUGCAGCGGCAGUAUGGUUUGGAUAACUCUGGAGGUUACAGACAACAGCAGCUGUGGCAUAUGGAGAGAGAAGUCAGCAGGGGAAGGAUGCAUCCCUCUGAAUUUCAUAGCAGAAAAGCCGACAUGAUGGAAUCGAUAGCUGUUGGUAUUGAUGACGGAAAAACAAAAACUUCCGGAAUUAUUGAAGCCCUCCAUAGAUAUUAUCAGAACACUGCCACAGAUGUGAGGUGUGUGUGGCUCUCUACAAUGGUGGAUCACUUUCACUCAUCUUUUGGGGACAAAGGUUGGGGUUGUGGUUAUAGAAAUUUCCAGAUGCUGCUUUCAUCAUUACUACAAAAUGAUGUGUAUGGUGACUGCUUGAAAGGUAUGUCAAUUCCUUGUAUUCCAAAAAUUCAGUCCAUGAUUGAAGAUGCAUGGAAGGAAGGUUUUGAUCCUCAGGGAGCCUGUCAACUUAACAACAAAUUACAGGGAACAAAGGCCUGGAUUGGAGCAUGUGAGAUUUAUACACUUCUGACCUCACUGAGAGUAAAGUGCCGCAUUAUUGAUUUUCACAAGCCAACCGGUCCUUCGGGUACACACCCUCGUUUAUUUGAGUGGAUAUUGAAUUAUUAUUCUUCAGAGCGGGAAGGGAACCCAAAGGUGGUGUGUACAUCUAAACCUCCUGUCUAUCUCCAGCACCAGGGUCACAGUCGAACAAUUGUUGGAAUUGAAGAGAAAAAAAACCGAACAUUGUGUUUACUAAUAUUUGAUCCUGGAUGUCCUUCCCGAGAAAUGCAGAAACUGUUAAAACAAGACAUAGAGGCUGGGAGUCUCAGGCAGCUGCGGAAAUCCGUGGGAAAUCUAAAACAUAAGCAGUACCAGAUAGUAGCAGUAGACGGCGUUCUUUCGCCAGAGGAGAAAGUUGCCAGAAAACAGGCUUCUCAAGUGUUUACAGCGGAGAAGAUUCCUUGAGUGAAAUAUUUUGGUGAUUUUGUACUGAUCUUUUUUCUGAUAUAGAACCCUGAUAUAGUUGAAGAAUUUGAUUUCAUGUAAGUUCUUGAUAUAAUAUUUAAGUUGUAAAUGCCUGUUAAGUUAUACUUCUUAGUACUUCAUUGUCUAGUAAUUAGUUGAAUAAAAUACUUUGUGUUGUUGGUUUUGAUUUCUUA